GUAGAGGAGGUCAACGCGAGGCUGAUGUAGUGAGCCUCAUCUGGAAGGUUCUUGAGUCUGGCGUCAUGCCCGAGGCCGCAUCACGAGUGCCCAACCAUUUGAAAUUAGCUAAGUCUCGGUCAUGAUCGAGAGAAGCGGAACGUUCCUCGGGCUGAUCGUGAUGACCGCCGCAUGUCAAAACACCCAAUCCAGGACUCUAAAUGCUGCGGAAAGUCAUCCAUUACAAAUGUUUAAAUUUCAGCUUCAUCUCACCCAAAAUGCCCUAGUGGUUGAGCUGGGACCGAGAGUGUGUAAGAACGAGCGAGCGGGUCGUAUGGUGCGGUGGAGAAACAAAUUGUGCGGAGAGGCGAUCAUGAUGCAAGCUGCCGCUCAGCUGAACGUGUGGUACCGGUUCCUUUCGAGCACUCAGGAAUCGGUACCAACACCAUAGAAUUCUGGAUAUAGUAGUAACUUUGUGAACGCACGCAGCACCCUAGUUCGGACUCACAUUCAUUCCAUCCGUACUAGGAGGCAGAAACAAUAAGAACA